CGUACGAAUCAAUGUGCACACAUGUGCACACACACCGUGUGUACUCUCAUAUAAUUACAAAAUGAAGCGUGAAAACGUCCUAAUCGUGUUCUUCGAACCGUAGCUCAUUCCAAAUUCAUAACUCAACCACCUCAUACGGCUCCCCGAAUCACCUAUCGUUACGCAAAAAAAAUUUUGAAUUCAAACUUUGAAAAAAAAGUUCGAUAUACCAAGAGAGAUUCUAAACGCCUCGAAUUCCAGAAAGUCUUCUUCGAAGUGUAGUUUUUCUGAAAACGCGUAUCGGGGUCUGACGAACCGAUUCUUCGUACAAGUAACCCUUGAUUUGUCACGAUUUCAUCUCUCUUCGAUGAUCCACAAUUUUCGGACGCUAUCGUUCGCCGACGUCCCAGAUAGCGUCGAGGAGGAAUUGAAGCCGUCCGAUGGAUCGAUAAUCGGUGAGCUUUACGGGAAGAGCGUCGCGACGCCUCCGGAGAACAUGUGAGCUUCUUCGACCACCGGCGGGGCAUUCGAUUAUAAAAUGGAAGUGAAAAAUUGUCAGCGCGUUUAACGUACGAUGACAGAUAUUUCGAACAGUUGUUAAACAUUCGCCGGGGCAGGUUAUCUCCAUGAGAUAUCCGGGUGAGCCGCGUGCGCGCCACUUAUCAAGCACUAUGAUAAGUCACAGAAACGUAUGUAACGUACGUAACCGCUCCCUGUGCAGACCUAGAGGUAAAAGCGAGGAGUAGUGGUGUCGGUGCAGGUGUUCCAUUCAUCUGAAAAAUAGAGAGAGAAAUAAUAACGGAGAGUCAAAGAACAAAUUGAACGAAACACAUUUCUGGGUCAACGGUUAAUUGGUGUCGGGAAUUCAACGGAUCCAAAUGACGUCCGCCCUUCAACGAUGACGUUACCGUCGUGGUGCAAAGUGAUAUUAAACGGUGUGAGAUAUCAAGCGCGAUCGAGCGCCAAAAAUUGGCAUGAAUAUUACUCUUUGAAUGAGUAAAGGAUGGCGAAACACCGUGGAUUCAAAAUGUUCGUUGCCGAUCACAUGUUACGCUGGUACAUUUUUGCCGUUUCAUUUGCAUCGGUGGUUCUUGAGGCCAGUGGGGAUUGCCCGGAGAGAUGCGUCUGUCACCUGGACCAGGUACCCAGUACCGUCGUUUGCGUUAAACAGGGCCUCAACGAAUUUCCAGAUAAUUUGAGCGAUUCGGUGCAGCACUUGGAUUUGUCUGGGAACGUGCUGGAAGAAUUAUCGGACAGAGUAACGCUGUAUUAUAACUUGGAGUAUCUCAACUUGGCGAGAAAUCGACUGGCCGCAUUGCCGAGCAAUCUGCAAACCUUGAGUAAACUGGAGAGACUCGAUUUGUCCGGCAACUCGUUUACCAGCGUUUCCGAAGUCGAAUCGAUAAGCCAACUGGCGAGUCUGAAGAUUCUAUAUUUCAGUGGAAAUCCGAUAUCGAGUCUAGAUGGGUUGACGAGCCCGAGCUUGCAGGCGCUCGAUUUCAGUCACUGCAUGGUGAAAGAAUUCGUCAAUGUAAGCCUCAGCGGGUUACCCGUACUGUCGACCUUGAGCCUCGCAGGAAAUCCCAUAAGACUGAUGCAAAACCCGAAAAGUAUAUCUCUGAGAUGGCUGGACGUGUCCGACUGCCGGUUGAAUUAUUUGGAACCGGAUACCUUGCGAGGUUUACCAAACUUGGAAGAACUGCGUCUAUCGAAUAACCCGACUUUGGUGUUCAGUACGCGAUACGACACAUUGACGCACGGAAAUUUGAAGAGAUUGGACGUGUCGAGGUGCAAUCUGGAUCGACCUGGACUCCACGGAUUCCCCAUGCUGACCCAUGCGAAAUUAUCGCGAAACAUGAUCCGACUCCUUCCGAAUCAAAUUUUUGCCAAGAACAAGGAACUUCAGCAAAUAACGUUAGCUGGAAACGGACUGGAUGUUUUGAACAAAACUGCUCUGGCGGGUUUGGCGAAACUUGAGAUCCUUGACUUGUCGUCGAAUUCGCUUCAGAAUAUUCACUGGGGAGUUUUAAAGGAGAACGUAAACUUGAAACUUGUGAACUUGUCUUACAAUAGUUUGUUCGAGUUUCCAAACUUGACCACUUCGACUUCAUUGUUGGAUCUAUCCGCAAAUUUGAUAACUAACUUUAAAAGCGACGUUCUCAGUGCCAUGCCAAACCUGAGAACCCUGAACCUGGGAAACAAUCGCGUAAUCGCCAUUCCCGAUCAUCUGGAAUCUCCGUCACUCACGAGUCUGUCCCUGAAACAGAAUAGACUCGUCGAAUUGAACAACGAAAGUUUCGACCUUCUGCCUAAUCUCGUCAAAAUUGAUUUGUCGGGUAAUCGUCUAACCGCAGCACCCCCGAAAUCGGUAUUCUCCGAAAAUCCACUGCUGCAGAGAAUAUAUUUGGAAGAUAACCCUUGGCGAUGCGAUUGCGAGCACAUCUAUGACAUUUAUGUAUACCUAACCGAACCCCCUGGUAAAACCAGUGGGCAAAGUCUGAUAUGUCAGAGUCCCAGUAAUAUAUCUGGCUUCUCGUGGGAGAGCGCAUGCCACGAUACGUGGACCGGUCCAAAUUUCAACUCGAAAGAUAAGGCCUGGGGAAUGAUUCUGGUCAGUAUAUUGACCAUGGUCAUAGUAUUCGGGAGUAUCGUCUCCCUUAGACAUGCGAUGAAAAUGAAGAGACAGGCUCAUUUGGAACGUCAGGAGCUGGAGAGGGCCGAAGCUAGGGAAAGACUAAGGCUUCUACAAAGAAGAACUCAAACGGAGGAGGAAUUUAUCGAGCAACCGCCGGUGCCACGUGUAAAUCCUCUGGAGUUAAUCGGACCUCCGAGUUACGAGGAGGCCGUUCACAUGCCGCGUCUCGCCCAUUCGAUGGACGGUCUGGACACAAUAUCGAUGGAGAGUGGGCCCACCCAUUUUCUCGGUUCCGUGGACAAUCUCCGUUCGAAAAAAAGGAGGACCAGAAGACCUCGAAAACGGACUUUGAGCGAUGAGAAUUUGGCCAAAAGAGAAGAAAGACGCGAGAUCAGGAGACGAAGGGCCAGUCUCGAGAGAAACCAGUCGACAAAUGAUUUAGGUGACUCCGCCCAAUCGCCGCUUGAUUCUACCACCGAAACCACCGCCAACAGGACUCUGUUAUCUCGACGACCGAAGAUCAAGAGUGACUCGCAAUCGGAUGAAGGUGCCAAGACCCGACCGCGUCCUCUGACACCUGCGGCAAGACACAAGAAACGGCGUGGAAACGCGAAGAACGGACAUUCGUCCGACGACGAAGACUCGGACGCGAACAAUGGAAUCGUGCCAAAUAUCGUCUAUAAGUCGAACAGUGGACUGGUCAUCAAGAGUUUAGCCAGGGAACCGAGGAGCGGUUACAGACCGACUGCUCCCGAAAGCGACUUCUAGAACAACCGAUGAAAACGGAGCGUCUGGACGAGGAUCGGUGAGACGUGCAGCCGAUAAAGCAGUUUGCGACUAGGGGUGGUUUUAAUAGGGGUGGAUCGCGAAUGUAUGGAGAGCGGGGACUAUCAAAUUCGACGGUUCUGACCUUUGUGAUCUACGUUGACAAGUUUACGUGUUCAGAUAAAUGCAAAUGGUAAUUGAUUGAUUGAUUAACGUAUAGCAAAAUACGAGCAAAUGAAAAAACUGUAUAAUUAAUUUUAAUAUAAAGUUAAGUUACUUA